UUCUUCCAUGAUACUGAAGACAUUUCCAAGCAUGUCAGAUUCGUUUCCAGGAUUGCUACGGACCAUUGGAGCAUGUGUAGCAGCUCUCACAUCUAUCGUGACUGGAAGAUUCUUGGAUAGGUUCGGUUACUACAAGGAGUCGUGUGUUGUAUCAUUCGUUGCGAUAGUUCUGUGCUCACUUGGAAUAUUUCUAGGACAUCACUUCAAAAACAUUAUUGCUAUCGGAAUGUUAUAUCCUUCAAUAAUGUCUGUUAGAUUACCGACAGGUGUAAUCAUACCUGAAUUGCUGCUUGAAGCUACAUAUCCUGUCAAUAAUCUAAUAAUGUUGACGCUAUACAACAUAACUCUCAAUGUAGCGGUAGUAUCGUUCGUUUCUCUUGAACGAUUUAUAUUGGAAGUUUACGAUGAAGCAAUGGCGGCAUUGGUACCCCUGAUAGCUAAUAUCUUGGCCUUAUUUCUACUUUUACUCGCAAAUCCGAAGUACAAACGCAGUGCAAUGGAUGAAAGAAAGAAAUCAAACUCUGCAUCUCAGACAGAUGAAUAAAAGGCAGUCGAUCAUGAUGAUAUCUUGAUCUAAGUUGUCCGUGUGA